AUGACUCCUCACAUUGCCACUCUACCUCAAUGCGUAUCUUUUCAAUACAUGGCAGCCAUCGGUAAUGUUAGCAUAAGGUUGGCAUUAACAGCUUUCUUAUUAUGGCAUUUAAAACAAAUACAUAAUAAAAAUACAGACAAAUGGAUUGGUAUUAUAUUAUUUGUGAUCAGAACCUGCUUAGCAGUCCCUCAACUCGGUUUACAAAGACCAGAACUUCAAACUAUUUCCGAGAUUAAUUUAAUAGUUUGUGACCUCAAUAUUAUCACUUUACGAUAUUAUUCGAUUACUGAGAUAUUAGUUGAAAUUUUCAUUGAUAUAUAUGUGACCGUCCGUUUAAUUCUUAUAUUAAAAGAGGCUAAUAAAAAUGUUGCAAGUUUAUCUACAAAUAUGGGACGCCCAAAAAGGUCUAUAUUCACUGCCGUUAUAUACUGGAAUUUCUUACGCUUAUUCGUGAUUUUUAUCUUUCAUGCAUUUGGUUUUGUAGAUCUUUAUAUUUUGAGCCAAAGCUUAAGUCCCGUAACAUUUGCAGCAAAGUGUUUAAUAAAUAUAUUCUUAUCUUACGUGAUUACCGCUGAUGCUGAAAUUGUGCGAGUCAUUGAGGGCAAAUCUAAUCAAGGAAAUAAUAAAAGAAAUCAAGAGAAGCCAACAAAAAUCAAAACAAAUUCCUUAUUAACGAUAGAUACAAUCGAUUCACCAUCUCAAUUUCUUCAACAACAUGAGAAAAGAUCAUCAUUCUCUGACAAUGAUGAAAUAAUUGAAGAACCUCUAAGUCAAAACAAUUGGGAUUUCAAUAAUGAAAAAAUAGUUGAAGAAUCUUAA